AUGGCCAUCCCAAGGAUUUUCACAUCCACGGCGCAAUUUGCAGAUUAUCAUUGCAACUUUUUGUCAGAGACGAUUCAGCAACCCGUCCAGGAGCCCAGCCUCAACCAAACAAAGAUGGAACUGUUCGCAUUGGACAGUCUACUGAAGGAGAUACCCAAGUGCAUCGACUUCAAAGAGCCCAGCCCUUCAUUCGUACUCGCCCACCCGGAUCUCAGAUGUGGCAACAUCCUCGUCGACGAUGACUUUCACAUUCUCGCAAUCAUUGACUGGGAGUUUUCCGGUACGAUUCCGCUGCAAUUAUUCACGCCGCCACCUUGGAUUAUGGGACACGAUCCCGAUACCCUCCUUUCCUACACCGGUGUUCCCCGACGCGAUAUUUUUCCAGAAUUCCGCACACCUCAUAUGGAAAUGAGGAACUCAUCGGGCACUUGCACCCAGCUUUGUUAA